AUGCAGCUCACCAACGUUGUCCUCUACUCCCUUCUCGCCGCAGUCCCUGCUCUCGGGCAAACUGACCAGGCAUCAAGCGCCAUUUCAUCCGCUGCUUCAGGCGCUAGCAGCGCUGUUGCAUCCAUCACCGGAUCCGCUGACUCUGCUGGUGGUGCCGCUCAAUCAUCUUUGCAAUCCGUCGAAUCAUCUGUCGGUGCCAGUCUCACCUCCGCUCAAUCCGACCUCUCCAGCAGUCUUGCAAGCCUCUCGUCCGCCGCAGCCACUGGCGCGUCAGGUGCCCAAUCGUCUUUGGACUCAUUGAGCACUGCUGCUAGCUCCAUCCUCAACAGCCUCACCAGUGAGGGUGCCUCCGCCCUUGACAGUGCCACCAGCCAGGCAGGUUCUGUUGCCUCGAGCAUUUCCUCUGCUGUCAACUCAGCUGUCAACUCCGCCACUGGUGGAUCUGCCAGCGGCAACGCUGGUGCUGCCCUUCCCACCGGUCUCACCGGUGUUGUCGGUGCCGGUCUUCUUGGUCUUGCUGCUUUGUUGUAG